ACAAGUGCAGUUAAACUCUCUAAAUCAUGGCACGAGAUGGGGACCCUCUUGUGAUUGCUGGGAGUGUGAUUGGGGAUGUUCUAAACCCUUUCACAGGCUCAGUUUCUCUCACUAUUGUCUUCAAUAAUAGAGCCAUUAGCAAUGGUUUGGAAUUGAGGCCCUCUCAUGUUGUUAACCGACCAAGGGUUACUGUUGGUGGUGAGGACCUAAGGACCUUCUACACACUGGUUAUGGUGGACGCAGAUGCACCUAGCCCUAGUAAUCCUGUCUUGAGGGAAUAUCUGCACUGGUUAGUUAUCUGUCUUUAGUACAAGCAUAGAUGAAAUUCCAAAAUUCAU